AUGGUCAAAUACACUCCUCCCCCAGAGGACCUGUCGCGUCUCAACCCUAUUCAGCGGUACAUGCAGAAAGGUCAACUCGACAAGCAGGAUUAUGUGUACCUAUGUCUCUUCGUCCUCGUUUAUUUCAUCUUCAGACCUAAAAUCGAAGAAUUCUUCAAGUGGUGGAUGAGCCCCAAGGGGCUGCAAGAAGGCGAAGAGGCCCUGGCCGCGUACAAGCAGAAGGCAAAAGUUGGACCCAAUGUGAUACGCGGAACCGAGUCCAGGAGUCUGGAGACCAUUCCUGAAAUCUCUGCCGACACUGCCACGGGCACCAAUAUGGACAAGAAGGGCAAGGUGGUAAACCGGAAGACAAAGGAGAAGUCGGGUGAAGAAAAGCUGUUAGACUGGGAAGACGAGCCGGAGAGAAAGCCUACGGAGGGAGACAAGUCAGACAUUGUUGCAUGGCUCGACAAAUGGUCCAACGAAGAAUGA